AUGCCGCGAGAACCCACAAUUUUGGAGUAUGCGUUAGUAGAGUCAGCGAUGACCACUGGUCAGAACGACUUCUACUAUUCCAACAAAUACGAAGAUGACGAAUACGAGUACAGACAUGUUCAUGUUACCAAGGAGGUCGCCAAGCUCAUACCGAAAAAUCGUCUCAUGUCUGAAACAGAAUGGCGAAGCCUUGGGAUUCAACAGUCGCCAGGAUGGGUCCACUAUAUGAUCCAUGGCCCCGAACGACAUGUUCUACUGUUUCGUCGUCCGUUGCCAAAUAAGAACAACGUCGCCGGUAAAAACGCAACGCAAGCGCAGGUUGGUGUGCGCUGA